UUAUUACCCAUCCUCCGUGCUAUCGUCAUCAGUGGCAUGGACGGGAAAACCAAUUGCCUGGCUACCGUUACCUUCGUGAGCGUCUCUGGAUUAUAACCGUAUUCCUAAUUUGAAAUGUUUUGGACCGGGCUUUGAAUCAAUCUUGCACAUUUUACUCACAUUUUGAGUAUUAAUCGCCUGCAAGCAAACAGCUUCUUUUCGCGCUCUAGUGAGGAUCCCUACGUCAGUUAGCAAGUUUUGCUCCUGUAAACAAAAUGGCGGACAAUGAAGACGAUAAUAAUUCAGCGUCCAAAUCUGCUGCAGCGAAAAUGGAAAAUCUCGACGCGAGCGGACCUCUGCCGCAGCCAGAGACGACACAAGGCGAGGGAGAAAAUAACCAAGAAGACGCAAGCAAAACGCCGUCCACCGCAGAAGGGGGCGUUGAUCAAGGCCUCGCCGAGUUAAUGCACAGCGAGUCGGCGGUGGAUGUCAGAGUUGUGGAUGGUAACGUUACUCAGGAGGUGAUCGGGCAGAUCGUGAGCGGUGAGGUCAUAACCGAUCCGAAUAUCAUAACGUCUUAUGUUCAGGCCACCGCAGAGGCCGGUGUGACGGCAGAAUGCACCACUGUAAGCGGCGAAGUCUUAAACGCACUUGCACCGACGACCACCAUCAUUUACGUGCAGCCCGACGGCAGCUUCGUGGAGAGCUCGGGUUUAUCGGCCGAGGAGCAGCAACAACUAAUCGAGCAAUUAGCCAAACAACAAUUAGUCCAUGUGACAGGGACUGAGACAGUUGUGAAACCCUCCACGUCCCCUAUCGUGGACGUGCAGCAGGUUAUAGUGAGUAAAGCACAGGUAAUCGCCCAGACAGAGCCAGCUACGACCCAUACAACUACCCCGAAGAUACUGCAGAGAGCUGUCACAUCGCAGCCGACGUCCUACAUUACACUGGAAUCCAGUAACUUGCAGUUGGCGACAGCGAUCCAGCCACAGCCAGUCAGUAUCGUGCAGAACGCGUCGCAGCAGCUGCAGAGCGUCGCCAAACAGGUCGCGCUGCAGCAGUCGCAGAAUGGAGCCAACACGACCACCCAGAAGGCAGCCGAACCCAUCCAAAUUCAAGUGCAGGCACCUCUGAAGCAAGACAGUAAACAACGGCAGACAACUCCAAUAACAAUUUUACAGUCGCAGAAUCUGUCAGCCGGUCAGCCGCUGGUGAAGGUUUCAACCGUAGGAACAUUAAGCAGCCCACAGAUCAUCCACAUCACCCCUGUGCCAGGACAGCAGCAAUAUUUCUUACAAAACCCAAGCGAUCCUCCUAUUCAACUUCUCCUUCAGAAACCGUCUCCUGUGGUUAGCACCAUUUCUGUCCCAAUUAGCAAGGUACACGUCCCUUCACCUGCCACAGUGAAGAGUCCACCAGCCAAGCCAGUUGUUCCUACCCCAAAGGUCCUUGUGCCGUCUCCGAAAGUUUUAUCUCCUCCAGCCAAGAUAACAAUGCCUACCAAAGUUAUUACUGCAGAAACAAAAACUUCAACUCCAGCUGUUGAAAAGGACACACAGAAAGUUAAGAAUCGCCAAAAGAAGCCUCAAAAAAUCCAGACCCGCUCUGGUCGGGUGUCUAGACCACCUAAGCACAAGGUGAAGGACUACAAGUUUAUUAAGAAUGAGGACUUGGCAGAAAGCCACCAAUCAGAUUCAGAUGACUACUCUGAGAUAAGUGUGGAGGAUGAGGAUGGAGAAGAACACAGGAAGAAGAGCUCAGAUGUAACCCUCAAUCUACGUGACAAAUCCUUUAAAUGUGAUACCUGUGAUAAAGCGUACAUCGGCGUAGCCGGUUUGAACAGACACUAUAAGCUAAAUCCCACACAUGACAAGAACCCGACGCCACCUCAAGCAGAAGACCUCUCCAAAACUAGAGACGAACAACCUUCAGGAACUGAAGUCACCGAUACUAGUCAUGUGAAAACACUCAGUACUCAAAAAGUUCAAGAAAUUGGCAAAGUAGAAAUCAGGAGACCUGGGCGGCCUAGGGGACCAGGACGGCCUGGCCGUCCUAGGAGGCCUGGGCGGCCACCUAAGAGAGGACGACCAGGACGGCCACCAAAGUACCCAGGAGGAAUGAGCUUGGAGCAGCAAGCACAAAGACAGAGAAAUCGGCUAAAAGAAUUUAUUAAACAGUAUGAUGAUGAGGAUCUCAUGGAGAUUGUUCUUCCACGUCUGGCCAGAGUCAUGACUGUAUGGGAGUUUGUGCUGAUGAAGGUGGAAAAGGGCUACCCAUCAAAGCAACAGUUCCCGAGUGUGUACCAUGAGUUUGAACAACUACACAGCCAAGUGAAGAAGAUGGCACUUGAAUAUUUGCACACUUCACCAGCCUCCCGGCCAGCUAUUGAAGUCAACAACAUGGGAGUUUUACAAUCUCUGGGUAUAACUGAUCCCAAUGCAUUGAAACUCCUGACUUCCUCUGAGGGACAACAAAGUCAAAAGACAAAUCAGUCAGAGCCACGAGCAAAUCAGGCCACCAAAAGUCUACGGACUUUUGAGAAUGCCAAAAUGCUGCCACCUGCAAAAAGGUUUAAAAUAGAAAACUGCAAUGAAGAAACCAACGGCUAUCAAGUUAAUCAGAAUGGCAUCCAGAAGGACGAGACCGUUGAUGGCUCUGUGCUGCGAAAGCCUCAGGUGGUAUUGACCAGAUUGGAGAACUUGACUUCUGUAGAUCUAACCGCUGAAGACGCUAUACAGAGCGCUGAAGACGCUACACAGAGCGCUGAAAACGCCAGCCCGCCUAGGACAGAAGAAGAGCCUAUGGAGACGGAAGUGCCUUCUUCAGAUUCUGACGCUACAAAAACCGUAGAAGAUCCAGACAUCUCCAAGGUUCUAAACAGCAGCGUAACCGUCGACAUCGUGGAUCAGAUGAAACAGCUGGAACAGGCUCUGAGCACCGACUCAGAGUUUAAGAACUCGCAAGAACCCGCUCAGCAAGAGGUUCAAGACGGCCAGGCAGACAUUCUCGAGGAUCCUGAGGCCAGUCAAGUGGUGCAGGAAGAAUCUCCGGUUGUUAUCCAGACAGCAGAGGGGCUUGUCAUGCAGAGCGCAGAAGAGUUAGCUGCCAAAGGCAUCGUCAUUGUCAAUGGGCCUGAUGGCACAAUGAUGCACAUUGAGGCACCUGAAGGGGUUCCUUUAGAGACCGUUCAUGCCCUGCUGGGCAUUGAAACCGAAAGAAAGACUUAAUGGAGUCACAUCUUCAUGUCCUGUUUUUGUCCAUUAUUCACACCAUACAUGCGUUCUGUGUAAUGGUGUUUUUUCAAUGAACUUUUAUUGCAUUCUUUGUAAAUUUGUAUAAAAACAGUAUUAUUAUAUAUUAGUGUUUUCUCAGUUUAUACAACAAAAGUCAUUGUUCAUUUUGAAUUUUAGAUGAUGUUCACUUAUGUUGGCAUAUCUAAACUAUUGGUUUCGGAGGCCAUGAUUAUGUAGCUGCGUGUUACGUGUCUCAAGGGGAAAGUGAUGACAUUGUGGCAAAUGCUUCGCAUAUGUGACAACACACUAAAUGUUGGAGGGAAUCCAGUGCUUUUCAUUUUGGAAACUGAUUCUUUCACAACAUGCACAAAUGGGAGGAAAGAAAAUACUAUCUGCCAAAACUAAGUUAUGGACUCCAGCAAGGUUCAGUAAAGCUGUGGUAAGAUUUUUGUGAUGUGUCCUCUUAGUUGGCCAUUCAUCUGUACAUAACUGUUUCUUUAUGUUAGAAACCCAGGCUGUAGUUCUAAUACAGUUUAAAUUGGUACUCUAUGACAUUUGAUCUAUUCAAACAUUUCUGGACAUUUGUUUGAAAAUUAACCCUUAAGGCUGAAAGCGGUUGUUCCCCAGAGGUCUGGCCCACAAACAUGGUAUUUUGAGAUGUCUUAUUCAUAGGGGAUGUUUUCAUAACAGGCCACUGUAAGCAGUGAGAAAACGCUCUAGAUUUGUAAAACAUACUGAGACUUGAGGUGCUUAUAAUCUUAGUCUGCAGCCUCAGAUGUUCCGUUGUUUCCGUUAUUUAGUAGUUUGUCUAGUGCAAAAGUCAUUUGAAAAGUUGUUGCACUAUUUUAUUACUUUUUAUAUAAUACCUGGUUUACUGUGUUUUUGAAACAUCUCAGCAUUUUUAAUACAAAGGGACAUGUUCAAAUAUGACAUUAAAAUUUUUGUGAGUGAG